CCUCCUGCGUGACUGCCACUAGUCCCUGCGUCUCUCGGGCACAGGGGAGAAAAAGUUGGGGCAAAGUCUGAGUGAGCUCCAGGAGCCACCAGACACUCACGGCAACUCACUCCACAGUCCCACUUUUCCUCUCUCUCUCUCUGUCCCUCUCAAUUUUUGUUUUUACUGCUCUCUCACUCAUUCACGCUCUCUCUCUCCUCCUCUCUCUCUCUCUCUCUCUCUCUCUCUCUCACACACACACACACGCACACACACACACACACACACACCACUCGUCACUCCUGGCAGAGAGAAGACAGGACCACGGAAGCGCUGCCACACACCUUUACCACCAGAUCCUCGCCCAUUCAUCGCCAGACGCUUCGCCCAGGAUGUGGACGCUUCUCUUGGGGGUCACCUUUGGAUUACUGGCCUCGUCCAGGUCAGAACAACUUCAAGUGAAUUCUCGGAGCUGCAGCUAUGCCAGGGUGUUUAUGGUCGAGGGAGCAUACCGUUACUCCCUGGACAUUACCAUGGCUCAAAAGGUGUGUGAGCAGCUGGGGACCACCAUAGCAAGUCGAGAUCAAGUCCAGGAGGCCUUUGAUAAAGGCAUGGAAACCUGCAGGUAUGGCUGGAUGAGCAACGGGGAAACUGCCAUCCUCAGACUCACGCACCAUGAUAACUGCGCACAGAACAUGACCGGGUUCAUUGUUCAUGGGAAGGUAAAAACUGAUGCACACUCAGAUGCCUACUGCCAUGACGACAAAGCUGGGCCUGAGAAGAACUGUGAAAAAGCAUUUGCAUCAACCGUACAUUUACCCUCAGAUGAACCAGCUGAGUCCUCACCGCCGCCACUGGCCCCAACAGUAUCACAGGGUGAGACGGGGCCAGAACCCUCUCCCAAGACACAACCCAAGGAUUCUUCUGACAGUGAGGGUGGCUUCCCCACAGCAGCACCCGGGGACGGUGUCCUCAGGGAAAUGUAUGAAACUACCACCGCAGGCGCCGCUUAUCCCAACGACGCGAGUGCAAAGGAUCCAAAGGCUCCCGCGCUGGAUCGGGGUGCAGACGCAGACCCCCUCGGGGGGAGCGAGAACAGCACCGGGGGGAUCAAUUUCACCCUCGGGGAGUUGGACCAGCCCACUGGGUCUGGGAUGGCGCCACGCCUCUCUGAGGAGGAAGGAGCCUCUCCGACGGCCCCUGUUGGUGAGCCGGUGGAAACACAGCCUCCCAUUGACGUGGAGGGGCGGAUUGGGGACGUGGAGACUGUCGGAGACGGUGCCACGACAAAGUUUCCACAGCAACCUAAAGGACGGAUCCUCAGUCCUGGUGAGCCUGAACCUGAUCAGAAGAGCCGCAGCUCGCUGGACUGGCUGGUUAUCAUCGGGGUGAUCGUGGCAGUCGCUGCUAUUCUUCUCGUAUGUGCAGCUGUUGCCAAAAGAAAAAGCUUGUGCAGCAAACGGCAGACGCUGAUGAUCACAUCCAAGGACGCCGGCGAGGGCAACGGGGCCGCGACGUCAGCGUCCGGCUCCCACUCCCAGGAGAGAGAGCAGGAGAUGGUGACCCUCAUGAACAAGGAGAAGAUCCAGGAGAACGGCAACACGGAGGAAUUCACCGUCAUCACGCUAGAGGAGUCCUCGCCGGAUAAGGAACAGCAGGCGUGAGAUAAGGAGUCGUAGAGUCUGAAGGCCGGAGGGAGAGAGUGAGGAGAAGGUGGAGAGAGUAGACAGGGGUGGGUGGGGGGGAUCCAAGCACUGGGGUUAUAAACUGCUUUGGUGAUCCGCGGUGAAUGGCCGCUGAGUGGGGGUCUUUGUGUGUGCGUGUGUGUGUGUGUGUCGUUUAAUGUCUAACUUGUGCUUCGGGUGGGAAUCUGUUGCCUCUCAAGGUGGACCAGGCCUUUCAAACCGACACGUGCAUCAUUUUCGUUAUUCUCUGUCGUCCCCGCAUGGUGCCCCUCAUCUGGUGAGCCAUAGUUAGAGGACGUGAUGGCGGUCGGAGGGUGUCGUGCGUGGUGGGGGUGUCACGCAUCGGUGCAUAGCAGGCUGUGUUAGUGUGUUUUGUGUCGGUUCUUUGUGUUUGUGAGUGUGUAUGGCUUGUGGGUAUGUGUGUUAACGAUGGGGCUGGAGAGGCAUGGAUUUAAAGGGGGGGGGGGGGUGGUCGGGGUUUCAUUAGUGAAGAACAUAUUAAUUACAGAUUAUUCUCUUUGUAAUAGAAUUGGUGAAUCCUAAAAAAUGUAGGACCUAUCAGUCUAAAUAGGAAAUCAAUGAAGGAGACUGAAGGGCGGGGGGUGGGGGGGGGGGGUGUUUUUAGAUACUGCAGAGAGAAAAAAUGAAAUUUAAAAACUCCUGGUGAUUUCCAUGUCUUUCAUUUCAUUUGUUUGCUGAUUGUCGUAACCUUGUGUAUAUUUCAGAUAUUGCCUGUGGACUGAAGUUUUGUUUUGUUUUUUUCAUUUGAAAGAAAACUGAGUAUACUACCUUAAUUUAUGCAGCGUUGAGUCCUUUUCCCUUGGUCUUUGUAUAUAAAGCGUAUGUUUUGGAUAUACCUUAGCAAUAGCUGCCCGUUUUUUUUUUUUAAUUAGGAAAGGGCUUUGUAUCCCUUUUAAACACAUGAAUGUGUCAAUUUUGAGAAGCAUUUAAUUAGACACUGUACCUCUGAGGUAAACAGUGACAAAAACAAUGAAUUUUGCAAUAGUGGAGUGUGUGUUGCAUGAAUCACCUUGAUGUACGGCUUCCAAAAAAUGUGCAAUUUGUGCACGACUGAAGUCAGUUAAAGUGGUAUAAAUUUAUACUUGAGUCGGCAAUAUGGUGAUAUGAAGUCCCUGAUGUUAUCCUGAGGAUAAGCAGAAUAUUGAUGAUGAUGUAUAUAUACUGAAUACACAGUGUGUACAUGGAUUGGGGGGGGUGAGCAAAAGAAAGAAUUGGACCGUAUCUGUAGCAGAUUGAUCACUUUUAAAAUGCGAGAGUAAGUUUAGAUGCUGAACUAAAUAUCAUAUAUGAUAUUCAGCAGGAACUAAAUAUCAAAUAUACAUAUUAUAAUGUGUUGUAAAAGGUCUGUACGCCCCCGAUUGGAGGUGAGGGUGGUGAAUGGAGCCCGGCGUCAACGUGCCACUGACAUGUAAACAAAAUGUCGCAGUUUUUGCUACUGACCAUCUCAUUGGUUAAAUAUUAUGUACAUAUUUCAAUUUUAUUCCCUGUGUGACAGCUUACUUUUUUCUGUUUGUUUUUUCUUCUUCUUUACCCUCGGUCUAAAGCUGAAUCACAUGCGGCAAUUGCUAACAGAUUUUGUUGCUGACUUGUUCCGUUGUUAUUUCCUGCUUUUGGCUCUUUCGUGAUACAGUUCGAGGCGGAAGCAGCAAACGUAAGUAGUGUAAGAGUCAGGUUUCAUGACCGAUUAACAAAAGAUGUCGCUGAAAAGAUGUGUAAAGUCAUGAACGAAAAAAAUAAAUGUGAUAUAGAAAGAGA